AUGGCGACGUCGUCCACCACGCAGAAGGUCGAUGUUCCCAUUUGCAACGGCGAGGCGGACAAAUUGUCAAGCUACAGAUUCGAGGUGUCGAUGCUCGUGAAGUCGUUCAAGACAGCGGACCUGUACGUGUGUGGUCCACAGCUGGCGUGCCCGAAGAUCGACGAAAUCGACACGGUCGACCAAGACGGCAAGCUCACCGGCUGGGAGGCGGUCUUCAGUUUCGUGCUCGACAAGCUGGACUACACGAGCCUGAACGACACAGGCUUGCUGGCGGAGGAGUUCUUCCUGAAGCUGAACCGGAACGUGGGUGAGACGUUCCAAGACUGGGCCGCCCGGUUCGAGAAGAAGGAGCGAGAGCUGCUCACGCAGCUCAGGGCCAUAGACAACGACGUGGAGGAAGUCAUUGCGAAGCCGUUACGCGCGUGGUGGUUUUUGAGGAAGUCCCGAUUGACUCCAGUUUUGAGGGGAGAAGUCACAGCCACUUCCGGCGGUGAUUACAAUUUCGCCAAGACCUACAAGACGCUGCUGACUCGCUUUCCAGCGGAAGCGUUGGCCGAGCUCGACGGCAGGAAGAAGGAGGGAGCCUUAUUCGAAGACGAACCUGGACAUGACAGAGGCGAGGCUGGUGAUGAAGAAGAUGAUAUAUACGACGUGCUCGAGCAGCUGAUUAAUCUUGCCGACGAGGAAGAUGAUACCGAGGAAGAAGUUGCCGACCACGAAGCAGACAACGAGGUGUUUGCUCAAUUCCGACAGGCUGGCCGGAGCUUCAAGGACGCUCGGGACUUGAUGCGCCGGCUGCGCGUCUCGAGGGACUACUGCCCGGUUGUGGCGACCCGCGAGGGUGGAGACCGCCGCCCUCCUCCCCCGAGGCCGCACUCGGAGGGCAGGCCCAAGGGUGGUGGCAAAGGCCGUGGACGGUCUGACCGCGACCGGGACAUGUCGAAGAUGAAGUGCAUCAACUGUAAGCAGUUCGGGCAUCGGGCACGGGACUGCCCUGAGAGGAGACACGAUGGCGGACACCCGAAGAAUCCCUCGACCCACAACGGCUUCUUCCUCUCCGCCCUAGACGAGUACGUGUAUUUGCUGGAGCGCGACGGGAUCUGGGCCAUCCUGGAUAUCGGCGCGACCCGGAGUCUGGGCGGGGUGGAGAGCAUCGAGAACCUCAUGUACGAGAUGCUGGAUCAGCACGACGCGGAGUUCGAGGCACACGAUGACACCUGCUCGUUCACGUUCGGCGACGGGCUGCAGAAAAGCUCGAUGGGCGCCGUGAGCGGGAAGGUCUUCCUUGGACCAGAGCUGCGGGACAUCCGCCUCUCCGCGAUGCCGAAUCGGGUCCCCGCCCUGAUCGGCAUGGACAUCUUGACCGACGACCUGAAGGUGGUGGUAGACUGUGGUCGGAACUGGUUGGGCCUCCCGACCCUGGGCAACAGGACCUUCUACUGCGAGCGGCUCUCCAGCAAGCACCUGGCGAUCAACCUUUCCUCGCCGCAAUGGUGGAAGGAGGUGCCGCUCUCGCUGUCCUUGGGACCGGACGUCGUGGUCAACAUGGCCAAGAGCGAGCCGGAAGUACUGGAGAAGCACCUCGAGCCGGACAUCAACCUUUCCCAGGACUUCGAGUACCACGAAACCAACGAUGUCGAGCAAUCCCAGGACUGCGAGAACCACGAAACCAACGAUGUCGAGCAGUCCGUCCAGGCGGACUCAGCACCGGUGGAUGCGAUGCAGUGGCGCUUCCUCUGGACCUUCUUCGGAGCCGCCACCACCGCCGCAGUCGCUGCCGGAGUGGGCAAGGCCGCGGACGAGGGGCAAUAUGCCCAUGUCGCCGCUGGCCGGAGCCCCAGCGACUCCAACAACAGUGCAGCCGCAGGCCGGACCUCCAGCGACUCCGGUCUCGGCGCCGUCCACUCCAAGUUCGGCGUAUCCGACGACCUCGCCGGGAACACCAGCGUCGAGCUACAACCCAGCCGGGAAGUGUGCCCCAAGCACGCCGGUCUGCCUCAUCCCAGCGACCCCGGCUUCCGCGGCGCCGGCCGCAGCGAGCCCAGUGGUCGCGCAGAUCCCAGCGACGCCCCCAGUGGCGCCCCCUCGGUCGAAGUAUGGGGAUGCAGCUGCAAGGGCGGGAAGAGCCACCACUGCCUGAGGGAACAGCUGGAGCAGCCGGACCAGGACAUCCGGGGCAUGGCCGUGGCAUUACGCUGGAGGCGCGUGGCGUCGAAGUUGGCCAACAAGGACCCAGAGGAUUGGGACUACCUCUCCUUGCCAAGCAAGACGGACACGAUGCUCGACGACUCGGAGCUGCCGGACCUGGUCGCGUUCCAGCAAGCCCACGACAAGAUGAACAAGGACAUCUACCUGGCCGCCGCGGAGGACGUCCUCGUCCUGACUCGACCUUGGGAGCUGCAGUACAGGCCCAAGGUGGUUGAGAAAACGGCGUUCUACCCUCCCGCCAUGUGCCGGACCUGGGCCAAACACAUCCUGCAGAAGAGUGGAAGUGUGCGCUACGGCAUGGAGAUCUUCGCGGCCCUUGAUCAGGCCACCAAGGAUGACGCGGAGAUGGAAGAUAUCUCGGACGAGGAGUUCCCAGAGGGGGACGACACCGAGGAGGCCGAGGAGACAACGUUCAAGGGACUUGGCCUCGAGACGGACCUCACCAAGAAGGUAGAGGUCGAGAUCGAGCAGAGAUUGGCACGACUACAUCGGAACCUUGGCCAUUCCAGUAACAAGACACUCUACAAGAUACUCAAGGUCAUCAACACCUGGGAGUCGUGGAACAGCCACUACAGGCGACCGGCAUUACUUCGACUGGACCCUCAGGGGUGCCACUGGUCUCAAGCGGUGGCCAAGUGGACCUCGGACCGGGGCAUCGAGCUCUGGAUCGCCCCCGGGGAAGCUCACUGGCUGAUGGGCAAGGUGGAGCGCCGGAUGCAGUUGUUCAGGAGGCUCAUGACCAAGCUGGCCACCCUGGACCCCGAGUGCCCGGUGAAGGAGCUGAUAUCCUGGCCGUGA